AUGACGCAGCAGCCUCCAAGGCCGUCAUGCAACGUCACCCUCAUCGAUUCGUCCUUGGAUCGCACUGCCGAUGAUGGCGAUGAUGGUGCUGCCGAGCAAGCGUGUCUCCUCGAUCUCCAAAAGGUGGCGAAGGGCGCAGAGGCCGCAGGGCAAUGGACGACGCUCGCGAGGUGCGAUGGCCACUUUCCACGGAGCGCCUGGCUCGAGGCGAUGGAGCAGCUCAUCGAGCACCCGGAGCGCAACAGCUCCAGCAUCUUGAGAGCCGACAUACUCAGCGUACUCGAGCCAGAUGCCAUAGUGGAGCAAGUGAAAGAGCGAGGACAAGAGCACGGCGGCGCAUACAGGCUGGUGAAGCGCGUCCAUCGGCGGAUCCUGCCCCGGAGACCCAAUCUCGACGGGCAGCUCGAGCAGACUUGUGAUGUGCUGGUUCGCGAUGGAGUAAAUGGGCAAGAUGGACUGGUCAUCUAUGCCUCCCACGUCGGCUCGAGCGGGGAGGAUGGCGAUAGGGGGAAGCAGACGCUCGUCGAGUCGGCCGAGCAGGUUCCCUUCUACCACCCCAAAGUCCGCGCCAUCGCCUUUCGCUACCAGUCGAUUGCCACCCAGCACGCAACUGCACCCGGCGAGCCGCCCCUCCUAGCCCAGCUGUACCUCUACAUCCUGCCAUUCCCGGAGGAUCAAUCGUUCAACGCGGCCGCAGACCCCUCGCAUCGGCUCUCGCGGACUGCCCUGGCCUUGCUCCAGACGCACGCCGCACACAGCUGGGGCCUCAUGCACGACUACCGCAAGCGGGUACAGCACGACAUCGUGGUGCCCCGCGAAGACUACAUGGACACCUACCAGGCCCUCAAGCUCCGCCAUGCCACGCGACUGAUGAAUUCGUGGCAGGAAAAGACCGAUGCGGACAAGCAUGUCUUUGAGGACCUCGGCAUCGCUGCCUUUCUCAUGGUCCUCUGGCGCUACACAUUUGCUGGCCAGGCAAGAAGUAAAGCAGGGGAAGAAGGGAAGAAAGGCGACCAGUGGCCCAGGCCAUACUUCUUCGUCGACGUGGGCUGCGGAAACGGUCUCUUGGUCCACAUUCUCAAUGCAGAAGGCUACACCGGCUUUGGAUUCGACCUCCGCGAGCGGAAGAGCUGGCAGGGCUACAGGGACGCGCCGGGCGGUGCAGAUCUUCGCGUCGUCUCGCUCGAUGCUCCUUCAGAAGUCCUCUCUCCCUCGUCGUCACCGGGCAACGGCGACGGACCCAUACCACCCGGAGGCGCAUUCUUGAUCGGCAACCACGCAGACGAGCUCACACCGUGGCUUCCGCUCCUGGCUUACUCUGUCAAGGACUGCUCGGGGCUAGUCAACAUCCCCUGCUGCCCGUGGGGCCUCGAUGGGAGAAAGUAUUCGCGUGUCAAGGGUGUCCUGGACGAGGACUCGAUUCGGCAUUGCCUCGGUGGUAAUAAUGUACCAGAGGCGGACGUCAGAGCGGCAGUCGACGCCUAUGAGCGCGGACCACCCAUCGAAGGAGGGGCAGGAGUGCAGAGCCAGUCGCGCAACGUCGCCUACCUCCAGUAUAUAUGCGCGCUGCAUCUCUGGUCGGGCUGGCACAUUGAAAAGGAAGCGCUGCGCAUUCCCUCGACGAAGAACUGGGCCAUUGUCAGUCGAAGGCGGAUUAGCGAGACAGCAGAGCUUACCUCGCCGACGAUUGACGAAAAGGUACGCGAAAUGGCACAAGGCGCACUGAGGGCGGAUUGGAAGGCUCGCACGCCCGAAGGAAAAGCAGGGCAUUGAGAUCGCAAAGCAGUAG